AUGGCUAGCGGCCAAAUGCAAUUAGAACGCCCGCCGGGGGGGAAUGACAACGGUGAUGAGGUUGUUGAUGGAGGAGGACAGGGACAGAUGAUGAGAAAAUACGCCAACGAUGAGCAGCAGCAACAAGAAGGAAGAAGAACAACAAUGCCGGCAAUGGAGAGUAGCCCUUACUUGAAAUACACAGAUUUGGAGCAGUACAAACGGAAAGCCUACGGCACCGGCCAACUCCCCGGAAUAUUUCGUCAUCAUCAAGGUCCCAAUAAUGCUGCUAAUGGUAGGAGUGUCUCUAAAGAAGAAGCUGCGGCAACCAUUGACCGAAAAUUGAAUUUACACCCCAAUACCAACUUACCAAAGCCCACCUCCGCCUCCGCCAGUGUAUCAAAGCCCACCACCACCGCCGCCGCUGCCGCCAAUACUCCAACUCCGACACCAAAAUACCAAAGUCCACCUCCGCCACCUCCAGUUUACACCCCGACACCAACUUAUCAAAAGACCCCACCGCCACCUCCAGUUUAUACUCCAACACCUACUUACCAAAGUCAGCCUCCACCACCGCCACCAACGCGGACUUAUCAACGUCCACCUCCACCACCACCGAUUUACACACAAACACCAACUUAUCAAAGCCCCCCUCCACCUCCACCAGCCGAAUGUAAUGAACCAGUCCCACCACCACUUCCUACAUGGCAACCACCAUCAUCUCUGCCGCCAUCUCCUCCAUAUUCCUACACCUCACCACCACCGUCCCCACCACCUCUAGUAGUAUAUUCUUCACCCCCACCACCUCAAUCUCCACCGCCAACAGUAAUAUAUCCAUCACAGUCGCCACCGCCUCCAUCCCCAUCGCCACCUCCGCCAGUGGUACAUUCACCUCCGCCUCCAUCAUCAUCCCCACCACCUCCUCCAUCCCCAUCGUCAAUUUCAUUUACAGUUGAUGGGACUUGUGGGUUCUGGAUCUGA